AUGAGAAGUGGAAGAUUAAUUGUACCGAAUUAUCAUGAAUUACUUACAGAUAUGGAUGUCAGAACUUUCUCCGAAAAAACUACAUACACAGAUGAAAACCCCUCUCAAGAAAAUGAAGAGGAAGCAAUGACCGAGAAUUCUUUUGAAAAUCACUUUCAAGGGAAUGAUGAGAAGAGAAUUAUUCAAGAUAAUAUUAUAACAGACAUCUUAGGAAAUACUGAACUCUCAGAUGCAUCAAAAGAGAUUUUUACAAUUUAUAAAGCGCAAUACCUUGAUGAUGAUCUAAUUGAUCUCUGA